GCGUGUUGGUGGUUGCAUCAGGCCUUCCCAGAGAAGCUGUCUGCGCUGUUCUCACUUACGAGCAGCUCCCGCUCCUUGGAAGUGCUUUGAUCAAGCAGAGCCAAGUGUCUGGGCGGACGCUGAAAGAGGGUUUGGAUUUUGCUCCCAUUUCUUUGUGCAGCAGCUCACUGGUUUGAAUAGGGUUAGCGGGCUCGCAAAUGCCGGCAGCUUAACGAGGAGGCGCUGGGAUGCGGUGCAGAGGACAACACAGAGCACACAGUGUGGGAACGGGAAAAACUGAAUACAGCAGUGAUCCCAGUGCUUUUGAAUUGAGGCUGCUGCAUGCUCUAGAUCUGCUUACAUUAGACUCCAUCUGCCAGGACCACACGCUGGUCCUGACCAACAGUGAGAGCAGAGGCACGAAGGUAUCCACGGUUAUUGGGCCGGGCUUGACUGAUGUCUCCUCUAAUUCAUGUCAAACGUCAAGAAGAAAAAAGCUCAAGGAGCAGGGGAGAGGAGACACGGACCUGUGCCGGCGGGCUGGGGGAGCAGCGCUGGGGCCAGCACCGGAGCCUCAGCACCACGGGGGUGAGCACAGACCAAAACUGCUGGCCACACAUUGCACCCGGAGAUGUGCCAUCGUCUGGGGGUUUUGCAGCCUCUUGUGCAGGAGGUGCUUGUCAUUGCCCACAAAGUUUGAGCUGUGGAUGGUGCAAGAUACCAACGUUGCCACGGUUCCCAUUUUCUUUCCCACGUACUGUGGGAAAGAGCAGUUCAUCAGUUACCAUCCAUGGCAAUCGACAAAUGUUGACGUCUUAAUGGCAACCGCCAUACCUGCAGCUGGAGUGAGAUGGAAUACUGAUGGAGCAGUUAGUACCCAGGAUGCCACUGCUGUAAGGAAGCCUGAGUCUGAAAGAGCCUCCAGUGCCCCAGAGCUCUUUUGUCCUCACACCAAGAUUGAAUGGGAUCUGUGAGCAUAUACUUCUGAUUUUUUUUUAGUUAUGCAGCACUACAGCCCAUAAAGGGAAUCACCUACCUCAUCACCUAAGCAAUCUUCCAAUCUGCCAAAGGAAAGAGAGGUACCUUCAGAGCAGACCUCUUAUCACAGACCCCUGUUUUAUGACAGGAUGAACCAACUCCUCUCUCUACUGACUGCAUUGGAACAUUAAGCAACAAGUUUGGACUCGAUGAUCAAGCUUCAGAAGGCUAAAAUUGGAGGAUGGGAAUCCAACACAAAACAUUUUAGAGCUUGAUCCUCAGCUAAUCUACAUAUACCUUGACCAUCCCUUUGAAGCAUAAAUAUACUGGUUUCUCCCUGCAAAAGUUUUGGCCUUUGUAAUACACACAGCAUUCCAGAUGCAGAAAGCGAUGGAAGAAAAUCUGUAGGACAGAAGACAGAAGAGUGUGGUCAAAUGAGAAGUAACAACUGCCAUGACUGUACCCCCAUGAGGAUGCUAGUCCCACCUGGAGAGUGUGUUGCUUCCUGAGGCCUUUCACCAGCUUCUCACUUAGCCUUCAUGUUCCCACUUGGGCUGAGCCAAGCUGUAGCACCAGAUCUGAACCUAUUCUCACUGUUGAAAUAUUGCAGUACUGCAAAGUGCAAGUGAAGGUCAAAGGCAGACUGAAGCAAAGAUGAGCCCCAAGAAGAUGGAACCAAGCAUCAUUUACAAAUUGUCGUAUCUGAAAGAUACAGGCUUAAAAAGCUCAUCCUCAUAGAGACGAAGCAAUUUCUUACCCAGUCCCAGUCUCUCUCUGCCUUCACUUCUGCAGCCAGUCGGGACUGGUGGCCACGCUGCUGAAUGCCAGAUGAAGCCUUCCAGCCCUCUCUGGCCUGUUCCUCACUUCUUAACUUGCAUAUCUCUGCACCUGCACUGGGGAACUCUGUUUCUUAAAGUGAAUUUAGAGUGAGAUGAACAAGGAUUGUUUGAGGAGCAAAGACAAAAACCUCUGCUAAGCCUUAAGACUUGAUUUUAGUAGACUUACUGAGUGCUCCAGGGGUGAAUACGCUCACAUGUAGUUACCUCUGCAGUAAAAAAGUGCAGCAAAAGAUGAUUAAACACAUGAGGAAAGAGGCUUCCAUCUAAAAGGUGAUUAAAAAGACUAGCAUUGUUUAGUUUGCAAAACACAAGAGUAAAAGAUGAUAUAACAGAAGCAGAGAGACGAGGCUAUUUAUUCUGUUUUCUCUCAAGAACAAAUAUGCAUGGAAAGGUGAAGGAAAAAUUCUGCAAACAUUUGUGCAGUUUAUAACCAACCCUGCAACUCAUUGCUGCAGACUAUUAGGCAAAAUUUUCAGAAAUAUUUCUAAAUGAAUUAGAUGAUACAAACAAUAAGCCUCAGUUACCUAGGCUAAGGAAAAGCAAAUACAAACAAUCGCCCCAAACCCUAAGGAUGGUCAGUCCUUGUCCUUGUGAUUAGAUUAGUUAGAGAUGGAAUUUUUCUCUCCAGAGGGACGGUAUUAUUUAUUUAUCAAGUGUAUGAUAUGGGAGUGCUCUCUUCCUUCAAGCAGGAGGUUUCAUUAGAAGGCAAUUAAAAGAGUCAGUAAAUGCAGCUGUGUGAAGUCACUGCCAAUAGAUUUCUUCCAGAAUGCAUAAACCUAGUAAUGGUCAAGUGGCUCAAGUUUAGUUAUUUGGAUCUCAGCUGGUUAUUUUCCCCGAUGAACUUCAACUACAGCUAGGUAACAGUCAAGGCUGGCUAUGAAUGAAUGGAAUUAAAUAUAUUCAUGUCCUUGGAAAGUUCUUCACUAAUCCUGCUUGUUUCUAUGCACUUGUAAAUGCUAAGUAAACAUUUUCAUUGUGGCUAUAACCUAAUUUGAGUGUAAAAGAAAAACUCUUGUACCUCCAAUCAAUAUUACUCCAAGUUAGCAGUGAGGGGAGUCUGAAUUUUAAUGGUCCCCUUCGCAAGAACCAGAGCUGAAAGUAGCCUCAGAGGGAGGGGAUCGGGGUGCUGACGCGACAUGGCAGUCCUGUGCCGUGCUGCUGGCGCUGCGGGGGGCUGCACGCCUCGCAGCCUGCGAGUCUUCCGUUUGUGCUGUCAGAGCUGGAAUACGCUGGAAGAUGCUGCUGCAGAGUUAGUACCUGCUUACACUGUACAUGUGUAUGGAGAACAAACUGUCUUUUUAAAAGAAUUUUAAAUGCUACUUUUGGCUUCUGAAUAGUUUUCUUGCAACUGUCAGGCCAUCUGCUUGGAGAGGGGUCUGAGAAGUCAUGAACAGGAUCUUAAAAUAUACUCUCCUCAUAAACAUCUUUUGUUUGGAAAAUCCACAUGCAUCACAUAAUGCAGUAAAUGGCAGCACAGGCUGAACUGAAACAUUUUUAAAUGCCGAGGAUGCAACCUUGGAUACAGCUCCCCCCGCCCCCUGCCUCCCCUCUAUUAAUAAGCCCGCUUUAAAUGCACGCUUAGACACACUCUCUUACAGACUCAGAUUGGCAGCACCCACCUGCUGGGAAACAUGCUAAGAUAACUUCCUUGGGUACAUCCAAAAUACCAAACUGGGUUGUGGGCAAAAAAGAAACAGGCUUCUGCAAAGCAGCUCUUUCAGAGAUUACAUCAUACUGCCAGCCAAUUUUCUGCCUACACUGCACCAUUUUGUGUGAUGUGUGUGUGAAAAAAAUAGCAUACGUCUGUGUGUAUACAAGCAAAAAGGCCAAAUGAAAGGUGUGCAAGCACAUGUAAUUCUAGCAUUUCCUAACUUCUGGGAGAUUAGGUUUUCAGUAUUGCUUGGUACUUGAAUAUAUAUGAUACAUACAUAUGCACAUAAACAUUUAUUUUGUUGGCAUGCUUAGAAUAUAAAACUGUAUGUUGGAGAACAGCAUUGCAUCUUCCUUAUUCUUUUUUUUUUCCAUUUAUUUGUAUCAUUCUUUGGUCAUUUUUGUUUACCUGCUUUUUGUUAUUCUAAUGUAAGUUCAAAUAUACAAAUUGUUAAUAUUUUUUUUACAUAUAAAUGUAAUAAAAGUUUCUGGCUUUUUUAUAAACAAAUUUCAGCAGGAAUGUUGAUGGGAUGCUGUAUAACAAGUAAAGAAGAAAUACCGUUUAAUUAUCUUCCAUAUAAAAUCCAAUAAAACGUUCUGGCUUUUCUUAUUUUUCUGUACUGGGGAUUAACAUCAGCGUCUUUGUGAUGAGAAAUCUGCAUUCAUGGCUCCUCUAUUUAGAUUUAAAUAGGAAUUAUAGUUCUUGGCAGAAAGGGAUCUGUCAAAUAUCACAGCAUUUGUGGCAGGUGGUCACUGCAUUGCUUAGUACAGACACUGCCUGCUUAACCAUAGCCUGAAGUAAACAUCAAAAGUCAAUUAUUCUCUUUGUAAAUAUUUUAUUUAUAUUUUGGAGGCUAAUGAACAUCUUUUCAGUGCUUGGCUGAGACCUUCCUCCAUGGAUCAAAAUCCUACUGAACCUGCAUUUGGUGGUUAAAAAUGUGUUUAGCAAUCCAGGGAUGCCGAUGUAGCUACCAGCGUCUAUUAGGCUUCAUAACACAAUCCUCUGCUUGGAAACCUUUAAUGACUUGG